AUGUCGACUGAUACACCCCGUGAAUGGAUAGAACCCUCUGGUCAUCGAGUGGUCCGUUUAUCAGACGAAUCUGGCUCCUCCAGCCUCUACUUUAACUUCAACGCGUACACCCCGCAAGGAGACUAUGUCGUCAUAAACACGCCAACCGGUAUAUCCAAGAUUGAACUGUCUACUCUCAAGCUAUCCCAAGUCAUACCGAUCUCAGAACCUUUCUUUCUGCUUUUCGUUGGUAAGAAGUAUCGUCGAGCGUAUUACCGUCUCAAUGAAUCGAAAGCUCUCUACUGGGUCGAUUUGGACACUUCCGAAACCCACUUAAUCGGUAGAGAACCUCUCGGUGAUAUCCAGACCAUCAACUGCGAUGAGACCUAUCUCGCUGGUGUAGAGGUUGAUCCGACAUACAAGUCAGACAUACUCGACUUGUUCAGUAAAAGAGAUCCGGAGACAGAUCAAUUCGUCUACGUAUCAAACUGGCCGGAUGGUACCCCUAUGACUUAUGCUGAUGCGAAAGAAUUACGACUCGCUCAAAGAUUAGAAGCAAGAGUACCUAUGACCCUAUUCCUCGUCGACGUGAAGAACGGUCAAAGGACAGACGUAUACGGGGCUACCGACUGGCUGAACCACCUCCUCUUCUCCCCCACCGAUCCUAACCUCUUGAUGUUCUGUCAUGAAGGUCCAUGGCACCAGGUCGAUCGAUUAUGGACAUUGCGACUCGACGAGACGCCUAUAAUACCACACAAAAUUCACGAACGGAGGAUGAACAUGGAAAUAGCUGGUCAUGAAUGGUUCAGUCAUGAUGGCGAGACGAUCUGGUACGAUCUCCAAACACCUCGGGGGGAAGACUUCUGGGUAGCUGGAUAUGAGCUCAAGACGGGUAAACGGACGCACUACCACCUCGACCGUAACGAAUGGUCGGUCCACUUCUCCUCAUCUCCCAACAACUCUCUCUUCUGUGGCGAUGGUGGCGACUCAGAAAUGGUUGCUCAUGCGGAAGAUGGGACGUGGCUUUACCUGUUCACUCCGAAGGGUAUCCCCGAUGUGGCUGGGUUGAAGUCUCCCGAUUCGGCAAACCUCAUUGUACCUGGUUAUUUCGAGAGUAAGAAGCUAGUAGAUCUGAAGAAGAGUGAUUAUAGACUAGAACCCAAUGCGAACUUCACUCCUGAUGGGAAAUAUCUGAUCUUUAGGAGUAAUCUUCAAGGGGCUUUGCACGUAUACGCGGUGGAGGUGAAGCCAAGGUAA